GGACAAGAUGUCGGGCAGCUGAGCUCUCCCGGCGCACACGGGCUUCCCAUCCUUCCACCCUACUCUCACCAUCCUCUGCGUCCUCGUUUCUACCGUGAACAAUGGCCGACCGUCUUGCGCAAGUUUCUGGACACCUUACGAACACGUACGGGCGGGGUCUUCUCGCGGGCGAGGUCGCGAUCAUCACAGGUGCAGCACAAGGUAUCGGGCGCAGUGCCGCGCUAUUGUUCGCGAAGGAGGGAGCGAAGGUCGUCGUAAGCGACUUGGACGAGAAGAAAGCGCAGGUCGUCGUAGACGAGAUCAAGGCUGCAGGCGGGGACGCCAUUGCAGUCGGUGGGGACGUUGGUGCGGACGACUUCCCGCAGAAGGUCCUGGACGCUACCAUCAAGAAAUAUGGCAAGCUCAACCACAUCGUGAACAACGCCGGCUUCACCUAUGACCGCAUGCUGCACACAACGCCUGACGAUGCGUUCGACAUCAUCAUCAAAGUGCACGUUCGCGCGCCGUUCAGGCUCGUGCGUGCCGCUGCUCCCUACAUGCGUAUCAAGGGCAACACCGAGAACCGUUCUAUAGUUAACGUCUCUUCUGUCUCUGGUCUGCACGGCAGUGUCGGUCAAAUCAACUAUGCGGCUGCCAAAUCGGGCGUCAUUGGGAUGACCAAGACCAUCUGCAAAGAAUGGGGGCUGUUCGGCGUUCGCGCCAACACCAUCGCAUUUGGCUUCGUCCAGACGCGGCUGACCCAGGCGAAGGAGGAGGGCGCGAGCAUCGAGAUCGAGGGGAAGAAGGUCGCCCUCGGUAUCCCGAAGGCGCAGGGCACGUCCUCUGGGACGUCGGCAAUCCCCCUCGGACGCGCAGCGACACCAGACGAGGCCGCAGCCGCAAUGCUCUUCCUUGCGUCUCCGCUCGCGUCCUAUGUCUCCGGCCACACGCUCGAGGUCACUGGCGGUCAGGGUAUCUGAUCGUACUCGCUGACUUGUUGUACAAUGUCUUCGUAGCCACAUGUAACGCAUUUGGGAUCAUUUCGGAAUCACACAAGGAUUCCGCAAGGACUCCGGAGAUCCUCACGCCGAGCACGGUGGUACUAAGUGCUCUGAUCUGGAUUGCACAUGCAACAUGAUCGCAGUUGGCAAGGA